AUGUCUCUUCUCUCCCCAGAAGUGCAUGCAGAGCUCACGCAGCUUUUGCAGGCGCUUCAAGCCUCCGAUAACAGCAUCCGAUCUCAGGCUGAAGAACACCUCCAAAAUAGCUGGACGAAUUCGCGCCCGGAGGUUCUCUUAAUGGGCCUCGUGGAACAGAUACAGGGCGGUACAGAUAAUGCGCUUCGUUCGUUCGCGGCUGUCAUAUUCAGACGCAUAGCCUCGAAAACUCGGAAAACCGAAUCUGGAAACAACGUAGAUUUAUUCUAUUCGCUAGCGAAAGAUCAAGCCGUUGUCAUUCGACAGAAACUCCUUGAGACAUUAGGCUCUGAAGCCGAUCGAGCAGUUCGCAACAAAAUAAGUGACGCCGUCGCAGAAGUCGCGCGGCAGUAUACGGACAAUAAUGACUCUUGGUCCGAACUCCUAGGAGCACUCUUCCAACUAAGCCAGGCACUGGAAGCCGAAAGGCGAGAGAAUGCGUACAGAAUCUUCGCUACCACCCCAGGUAUUAUUGAAAAACAGCACGAAGAAGCGGUUCUGCAAGCCUUCCAAAGAGGCUUCAAAGAUGACGCCGUCCAGGUUCGAUUAGCAGCUAUGGAUGCCUUUGCCUCUUUCUUCAGGACGAUUAGCAAGAAAGGGCAAUCUAAAUACUACGCUCUAAUUCCCGAUGUGCUCAACAUUCUCCCCCCCAUCAAGGAUACUCAAGAUUCGGACGACUUAAGCAAAGCCCUGGUCGCACUUAUCGACCUGGCUGAGACAGCACCGAAGAUGUUUAAGCCUUUGUUCCACAAUCUCGUUCAGUUCAGCAUUUCUGUAGUUCAAGACAAAGAAUUGGACACAAUUUGCCGUCAGAAUGCACUGGAAUUAAUGGCUACCUUUGCUGAUUACGCUCCAUCGAUGUGUCGAAAAGAUGCGUCUUACACUACAGACAUGAUCACUCAAUGCUUGAGCUUGAUGACUGAUCUCGGCGAGGAUGAUGAUGAUGCCGCUGAAUGGUUGGCGUCUGAUGAUCUCGAAGCAGACGAGAGCGACCAGAAUCAUGUCGCUGGAGAACAAACCAUGGACCGCCUUGCCAACAAGCUAGGAGGGCAGACAAUUCUUGCUCCUACAUUCAACUGGCUCCCUCGAAUGAUGACUUCUAUGGCAUGGAGGGAUCGACACGCUGCUCUCAUGGCUAUCUCUGCCAUUUCAGAAGGCUGCCGAGACCUUAUGAUGGGAGAACUCAGUCAAGUUCUUGAUCUAGUAAUCCCUGCUCUUCAAGAUCCGCACCCUCGUGUGCGAUGGGCUGGCUGCAAUGCGCUGGGACAAAUGAGUACCGAUUUUGCUCCUAAAAUGCAAACUGAUUUUUACGACCGGAUUUUGAAGGCUAUUAUUCCUGUCUUAAACUCGCCAGAGGCUCGGGUAAAAUCCCAUGCCGCAGCGGCUCUGGUCAACUUUUGUGAAGAAGCAGAGAAAUCAAUUCUAGAACCUUACCUGGAUGAGCUUCUAUCUCAUUUAUUUCAACUACUCCAAAGCGAGAAGCGCUUUGUUCAGGAACAAGCCUUAUCCACCAUCGCAACUAUUGCUGAUGCGGCCGAAGCGGCAUUCGCCAAAUACUACGAUACUUUGAUGCCUCUUCUUGUAAAUGUGCUUCAGAAUCAGAAUGAGAAAGAGUACAGGCUAUUGCGAGCCAAAGCAAUGGAAUGUGCAACACUUAUCGCCCUGGCUGUCGGCAAAGAGAGGCUUGGUCAGGAUGCUAUGACUCUCGUGAAUCUGCUGGCCCACAUCCAAACAAAUAUCACAGAUGCAGACGACCCCCAGGCUCAGUAUUUGAUGCACUGUUGGGGCCGCAUGUGCCGUGUUCUUGGUACCGACUUCAUUCCUUUCCUAGAGAACGUUAUGCCACCACUUCUCGAACUCGCCAUGGCUAAACCGGACAUACAGCUAUUGGAUGACGAUGAGCAAGCCGAGCAAAUGCAAGGAGAGGAAGGCUGGGAGUUUGUGCCACUUAAGGGAAAAAUGAUUGGCAUUCGUACUAGCACUAUGGAUGAUAAGAACAUGGCCAUUGAACUCUUGGUUGUAUACGCUCAAGUGCUUGAGGGUGCCUUUGCCCCCUUUGUUGCAAACAUCAUGGAGAAGAUCGCAUUGCCUGGCCUUUCCUUCUUCUUUCACGACCCCGUUCGCUAUAUCUCAGCUAAGCUGGUUCCGCAGCUGCUCAGCUCCUAUAAGAAGGCUUACGGCAGCCCCUCAAACGAACUGACUGGCCUUUGGAAUGCCACUGUGGACAAAUUAUUGGAGGUGCUUACUGCGGAGCCAGCUAUCGACACACUCGCAGAAAUGUACCAGUGUUUCUACGAGUCUGUGCAAGUCCUGGGUAAAGAGUGCCUUACGAUAGAUCACAUGAAUCGCUUCAUCGACUCCGCUCUUUCAGCACUGGAAGACUAUAAAGACCGAGUAGCAGAACGUGCCGAUGCCAAGGAAGGCGCCACUGCUGAUGACGUAGAGGACGAAGCAGAAGAGACUCUUAUAGCAAUUGAAGAUGACCAAACGCUUCUGUCUGAUAUGAACAAAGCGUUCCAUUCCAUCUUCAAAAAUCACGGUGUUGCGUUUCUGCCAGCAUGGGAGCGUCUCAUGUCCACCUAUGAAGGAUUCCUCGCAUCACCUGAUCCAACACAGCGCCAAUGGGGCCUCUGCAUCAUGGACGAUGUUUUGGAGUAUUGUGGCCCACAAAGUAUUCGAUAUGCGACAUACAUUCAGCAGCCCCUUAUUGAUGGCUGCAGAGAUGCCUCUGCAGCAAUUCGUCAAGCAGCUGCGUACGGUAUUGGUGUUGCAGCACAUAGAGGCGGCGCUGCGUGGUCUCCAUUUCUAGGGGGGUCUGUCCCGUUUCUGUUCCAAGUAACGCAAGUUCCUGAAGCUCGGAACGAAGACAACGUGUAUGCGACAGAAAAUGCUUGCGCUGCCAUUGCCAAGAUUCUCCACUACAACUCCAGCAGUCUUGAGGACGUUCCAACAACUAUAAACCAGUGGAUCGACACGUUACCAGUUACAAAUGAUGAAGAGGCAGCUCCUUAUGCGUAUGCAUAUCUAGCAGAGCUGAUUGAUCGCCAAUACCCAUCUGUAAUGAACCAAGCUGGCAAAAUUUUCGUUUUCAUCGCCCAGGCCCUGGAGGCAGAGACGCUUCAAGGACAAACGGCCAGCCGUGUGGCAGCUGCAACAAAAAUUCUUCUAACGGCUGCAAACGUAGACCCAAUGCCAUUGCUUCAGCAGUUCUCUCCAGAGUCACAACGAACGAUUAUGGGUUAUUUCAGCUAGUAGUGGUUUGGUCGAUAGAGAGCCAAGGUUCAUUCCUGAUUUGCACUGGCUAUUAACCAGUGAAACAAAUACAAAAAUGGCGCGCUUGGAAAUUUGAAAACGCUAAACAAAAUUUGCCAAUACCAUGCUGCGGGCCGAGUAAAUAAUGAGACAAGAGGGCAGAAUAUCUGUCGGUAAAGAGGAAUAUCAACAAUUUAUACAGGAUAGCGGAUUGUACAAUUUCCCAGCUAUCUCAAAUGUAAGGGUAAACGAUUAAGCAGGUCAGUAGUUAGGAGAGUGAACGGCUAUAAUCAAGUCAACUACUUAAAUUUAACAGAAUAAAUAAUUUAUAGUGAUGUUUACUAAAUAAAUACUGCAGCUCUCGCUGCGGGAAGC